GAACUGUCUCUCUCUCUCUGUGUCCACGGAUACUGUCUGACAUGCUGAUUACUUCCAGCUUCUGGCUUAACUUCAGAUUUCAAAUAUCCACAUUAUUUUACUUUGUAUUCCGAUCUAACUCAUGCAGAAAGAUAAACGCAAUACAAUGAGAUUGGACACGUCUCUGAACGUGGUUUGAAUUACACACCAGGAUUCGCCGGGACCCGAGCGAAACUUGUGUUUCAAAUCUUGGAACCUUGGACAGGAUGACGCCGGGAAACUGUAACAAAUGCGCCGCUCCAGAAGGCGGGGCUGGGGCUGGGGCAGAGGCCACGGAUUGAUAAUGUGAGGCUCAGCUGUUUGCUAUGUAGCAGUAGUGGGGGUGCUGGUGAACAGUGGCGGUGGAGCUGGAACUAGGGUGCAGCGGUGGCAGAGGCUGAGGUGCCGGGGGGCGGCGGCGGCUGAUGGAUCGGUUGGCCAGCCUCAGAACUGCUCAGUCCUUCAUGAGCCACUUUCGAUUUAUCAAUGCAUUAUAAUCCCAAAGUAAUAAUCUUGAAGACUAUGUGCCAUCAACAUAACUGCUUUUAUAGUGUAUCGGGAAAGGUUACCAGCAGCACUUUUGCAACGUGAUGAAGAAAAGUAGAAUGCAGAUUUUUUUCCUUGGAGCAUGGCAGAAUGUUCCACAAAACAAAAUUAAAUAAAAGGAAAUGUGGAAAUUUCUAUUCCAUUGGAUGACUGUGGAUUAGGUGUCAGAAAUCCAUUUGUCAAUCAAAUUGUCUUAAGAAAAUCCUCAAAAGAGGCACAAUUAUAUUAGAAACUAAUAUAUCCUUCAGUUCUAAAGCAUUGGAUUCCAAGGAGUCAAAUGUUGCUGGUCCAGUAAGCUACAUGGAGGAUGCCAUUUCAGACAUGAAGCACAUUUUAAACAGAGCUGAUUCAGUGGAGGAUAAGCAGCAAAAUGCUUUGCCAAAAGAAGUGCCGAGUGCAUCGAUGGAGGAAGGAAACAAUGAUAUAUGGAGUGACUUUGCAAGUUAUUGUAAAACGCCUCUUAUCCAACAGCAGUGUGUUGGUACUUUUUGUGGGUUUCCAGUGAUGGAAGAGAAUGAUCCUGUGGCAAAGCAUUCCCUGCAACAGAAUUCCAAAGUUUUUAAUGACAACUUCAAGAAUCAUCAUCCUUUUCCUACCCAGGACCAUAAAUCUCAUAUAAACUAUGAAUUUGACAAUGAAUCCAAAUUCUCUGUAUCGGUGACCAAUGCUGAUGCUCAAGAGGUCAGCAUUUCAAAAUUAGAUAUUUCUAGGAAUGUUGAGGACGAUCCAGGUCAAUCUGCUGCUUUUGCAGACUCCACACUAAAAUGGACAUCAUGUGAGAGUAAUGGCCAGCUAGUGGAAGGCACGUUUCAGAGUGACUGCAGUGAAACUGAAUUUUCAGACUUUGGUGCAGGUGGCAUUCUGUGCCCUAUUACUUCUCCACUUUUGCAAAUCCAGGAGAUUCUCUCUGCGAAUUCAGCUUUGAAGGCUGAUGCAUGGAAUCUCGUGGAAAACAUUUUCCAGAACUCUUUUCCCUCUGAACCUGUGAGGCAUGUCUUUGAAGACUUUCCUGCGCUUGAGAAACCUCCUGAGAUAAAUGGGGAAGAAAGUGAUCCAAAUAAAGCAAUACCGUCAACAAGUUAUGAAUUUGCAAAUGUAUGGGAAGACCUUCAGGAUCUAAACAAAGUGGCCUUAAGAUCUUCUUGGAAUGUAUCACAUACUCGGGAGAAGCUGUUAUCUACACUGGGAAUUGACCAGACUCAAAAGGAUGAUGGACAAGCUGAUCUAGAGGAUGCCAUGGCCUCCUAUUCAAACCUGGAGAAGACUGGAUUAUUGCCAGAAGUUGCUGCCUUACCUAACAAUGGCCCCAAAGCCCUAAUCCAGACCAGGAUCUCCGUAAUGCCAUCCCAACGAGCCAGCCAUGGUUUCAGUCAUCGGCUGGAGUCUGUGUUUAUGCAAUGGAUGCAGGUGAAUGGGAAUCGAACACGAGAAACCCCAAGGAUCAAAAGGCAUUCAUGGUUUAUGUGAUACACUAUUUAAACCAAAUGUGUUUUGAUUUUUUUCUAGUUGUUUUCAAAUUGAUUUCAAAUGCUUAUCUACAUUUUUAAUUUUUUCCUAUCAUGCUUCACAUUUAAAUUAACCAUUUCAAAGUAAAUUUUAGAAUUUAGUUAGAACUCAUGUUUUAUUGCAAAUAUAAUUUAACAGAUUGUCUAUAGUUAUAUUUAAUCUUUUUAAAACAAUGUCACUCUCAGGAUUUGUGUGACACAAGCAUGGUUGUCCUUUUAUCCCCUGCUGUCCUGAAAGAUGCAGAAAUGUGUUUUACUACUGACUGACCUAGGUCUCUUCCGAGGGCAGGUAAUUGUCAACAACAUUAGUGUGGGACCAGGGUUGCACAUUGGCAUUACCAUGGACUCUUCACCCCACCUUCUUGAGCACAUUAAGGAUGUGUGUGUCUGUGUCUCUGUGUGUGUUAUGAUCUGUUUAAAGUGCCCCUCCAAACACAAUCAGAUGUGAAUUUUUCCACCUACCCUUGCACACGGACUUGACUUGACUUUCUUCCCUGAAGGCGGAUGGUGAACUGGUCAAACUUUCCCAUAAUUCAACAGCUGGCUGGCCAAUUUUAGUUGUGCUUAUGUCCAUAACCAUAAGACAUAGGAGCAGAAUUAGGCCAUUCCACCCAUUGAGUCUGCUCCACCAUUCAGUCAGGGCUGACUUGUUUUCCCCUCUCAACCCCAUUCUCCUGCCUUCCAGGUUUUUCACAGCUGAAUUUAAAUCCUAUACUGUCAUGGUGGGAUUUGAACUUGGGUUUGUUGUGUUCUAAAUUCAUCUUCUGUAUUUCUAGUCUAAUGACAAAGCUACUACACCACUGUACCCCCUUGUGUUUUAAGUGUUAAGUUGAUGUGUGACAGCUACUGCAGUUUUAAUAUGGACAUGUAUGGCUACUUUGUUAUCAAAACGCAAUAGUUUUGUUGUGCAUCAAUACAAAACUGGGAAUAUACCUCGGGACAAUACCAAGCACAAAACCGUGAAAUAUAUGGUUCCCUCUGAGGGCUAUUGGUUGCAGGAAUUGGGAGUUGUUAGAGGUUGGUAUGUUUGUUGUUUCAAGAGUCUGAAUUUGCAGUGUGGUAUAAUCCCAGCAUCAAUACACUGAAGUGGAAGUUUAUUCUUUUAUGGAGUCAUAUAUUUGCAACUGCUUCAAAAUGAAAGGACUUAAAAUAGUGAAUUUUUUUUAGUACUGAUAAUUUGUAAAUGUAAUGCUUAUCAUGUGAUGUCAUUAGUACAAUAGGGCAACGUCUGGUAGGCUUCUAUGUGGAUUGUUGGAUUCCACAUAAUUUCUUGGCUGCCAUGAUAAACACGUCUCUUGCUACAAUGGUCACACAAUACUUGUCAUUAUUUUUCUGUUAUUUUGUUGUUAAUGUAGGUCAUGAUGGUAUAAUUUUGAUUCUAGCUACAUUGAUUCCACCUUCACUUAAAUGCUCCAGCUGUAUUCAGAAUACUGUGCCCACAUUUUAAAUAUUGACCGAUUGUUUCUAUCCUAGAAAUGGAAUAAAAUCUUAAAUUUUUUGUA